AUGGGCAGCCUGGGAAACACUCCCCCUCCAUUCCCCGAGGAUGUCCCAAUCGUGCCCAUCGCGCGACUUUCGUCCAGAAAACUCACGAGUUCUUGUGAGAAUGAGAUGAAAAAGGUGCUUAGAGCCUGUGAGACAGAUGGGUUCUUUUACCUCGACCUGACGGACGGCCUUUUUGGGCAAGCGCUUCUUGACGAAGCCGACGAUAUUCUUCAUGUCUCAAAGGGAGCUCUCAAUCAGCCCUUGGACUACAAGAUGAAGUUUCUUGCAGAAAGGGGAAAAGAAAUGUUUGGUUACAAGCCUGCUGGAGCGGUGAAGAAAAUAGACAAGGACUCGCGACCCGAUGCCACGGAGUUCUUCAACGUCGCUAAAGACCAUCUACUGGGAAACUCCAAGACACGAGAGUAUCCAAAGGAAAUCAUGGAGCAUCAGAAAGAGCUCUUGAGUUUCGCUACAGAUUGCCAUUCCCUGGGUCUUCUCAUCCUCCGCAUCUUGGGCGAACAACUUGACCUCGGACCGGAUGAGUUUGUAGAAAGGAACAAAAUCUUAUCACUUUCGGGGGAUCAUAUACGAAUGACCAAAAUGACCGCUCCCUCUUCUCAGCAGAGCAACAUAAUCGGUCUACCAUCUCACACUGACUUCGGCAGCGUCACUGUUCUGUUCAACUGGGUCGGCGGAUUGUAA